UCGUGCGCGUGUCGAUUUGUUUCUUGGGAGGUGUGUUGGGCGUCCCCUGGUUUAUCUGUGUCCCUGCUGGGGCAUGUGGAAAUGGCCGGUGACAACAGUCCUGGAGUCUUCUUGUGUUGGCGACGCUUCGAGCUCUUACUGCUAGCGACAGCAGCCACCGGACUAUGCAGCGGGGUCUCUGGAGUCAAGAAUCCCAGCUGCCACGAAGUCAGGACGGCGUUUCAGAUGCGGCAGAUCGGUCCCAUCAAGCUGGUUCCUGAUGUUCCCACAACUGAUUCCAGUUUACAGAUUUGCCAACACAAAUCACCAACAUGUUGCACUAAGAAAAUGGAAGAAAAUUAUCAAGCAGCUGUUAGAAGAGAGAGAAUAGAGAACACUCAGACUCUAAACUUUGAAUUGAAAUAUAUGAUUGUUGGUCACAUUACAGCUUUUCAAGCAGCCUUUGAAUCCCUGCUUCGUUUUGCUGAGAAUCACACCGCUUCUCUCUUUGAGACUGUCUACAGAUCCAUGUCAAAGGAGGCAGCUGAGCCUGUGAAAGAACUUUUUACAGACCUCUCUCUCUACCUCUUGGGUGCUCAAAACAGAGUGGAAAAAGCAUUUUUCCGGUUCUUCGACAGCCUCUUCCCUUUGGUUUAUACCCGCUUGAUAAACCCUGGCAUGAUGGACUUGUCAGAAGAAUAUAUGGAAUGCCUGCGACAAACACGACAAGACAUCAACCCAUUUGGACGCUAUUCCAAAGAAGCUGUUAUGGAGCUAGCAAAGUCUCUGAGGGCAAGCAGAAUAUUCAAUCAGGCCCUGGGAAUGGGUGUUGAAGUGCUGAACGCCACUGAGCAUGCUGUUUUGACCAAAGAAUGUAUCCGAGGCCUUGUGAAAAUGCAAUAUUGUCCUCACUGCCAAGGUCUGACCCUCAUCAGACCCUGUGAAGGGUAUUGUUUGAAUGUGAUGAGAGGUUGUUUUGCCAGCGUAUCUGAGCUGGACAUUCAUUGGAGGGAAUAUAUCUAUACUCUGGAAUACCUCACCAAUGAAAUGGCUGUAACUCAUGAUCUAGAACUGGCACUGCUGGGUAUUCGGUACUCGAUCAAUGAGGCUAUUUUACAGGCACAACUUACUGGACCCCAGCUAUCAGCGACUGUAGAUAAAGUUUGUGGACAUCCUGAAGAAAAAGAAGUGAAAUCUUUGCCAGACAGCAUAAUUCAAGCAAAGGAAAUAGAGAGACCACCGCUAACAAUGGCCCACUCAAUAACUAUUAACAAUAAAAGGAGUUCUCUGCCUCUGAAAUCUUCAAAGAAUGACAAAUCCAGAAGUUUGAAAAAAAUGUCUCGGGAAUUUAUCAGUUAUAUGAAACGAUCCAGAACUUUUUAUGCGUCUUUGACAGAAAGACUUUGCGAUGGUGAUCUCGUGAUGAAAGACAGCUCAACUUGUUGGAAUGGCCAAGAUGUGGUAGAAAGUUAUACAAGCAGAGUGGUUACAAAUGGAUUGAAAGCCCAAAUAAAUAAUCCAGAGCUGAUAGUCAGAGGGUUGGAUCCAGAGAUAGGUCAUUUAAUUGACAAGUUGAAACAUUUUAAUCAGCUGGCAGCCCACACAACAAGUUUACAAUCCGAAAGUUGGAUUGACAGGGAAGGCAGCAGUGGGAAUGGAAUGAGCAAAGAGACAGAAUCCAGUGGAGACUGUGAUGAUGAAGAUGGAUGCCAAGGAUCAGGUGAUAAAAGCUACACAAAAGAUGUUUUUAGUGUGAAAUCAGGAGACAAAAAUGAAACCAUACCAAUAAUGGAAAAGAUGGACACCACAACCACAACCACAAUAAAAACAUUUUCCAUUUAUAAAGGCGGCAGAAAUCUGGGUACUCAAGCAUCAAGUUCUUGGUUCUUUAAAAUUACUAGCCUUGCAGUUUUGUGGCAUUUUGUGUCAUAGCUGUAUUACAUUGCAGCAACUAUGCAAUUUCUGAGCACCAUCAUAUAAACCUUCAGCCUUAUCCAAGUGAAAGCAAACUUAAAUUGGUCUCUAAAUUCUAUGCUCUAAUAUUAUGUGAUAUGUUAGUUUAAUUGCUAAGUAUUAGUCUGGGACUGGCUACCAGCAAGCAUCAAUUUGUACACAUUGUCUCCACUGUCUGGAGGUUUUUUUUGGUUUGUUUGUUUGUUUUCAUAGCAUCUCAACUACUCAAAAUUGAAAAAGGAUGAAGACAGAAGAUUUAAGUAGGUUAAGUUAUUGUGAUAGGUACAGUUAAGAAAGUCAUAAAGUUAGACAUUAAUAUGUUGGCAUUUUUUCUUUUACUUGUCAAAUAUUGGACUGUUGAUUUCUUGAUCUUUUAUGUUCCUUUAAAUAAUUGGAUUUCAUUUAUAUGUCAAUUUAUAUCUAUAGGGAUCUAUGGAUAUUAUAAACAAAAUUGCUAGUUCGAUCAAAUUCUGGUCAAGAAAUCAUAGCAUGCUUGCAUUUCUUUAUUUCUUUUAAUUAGAUUGUAGAAAGCAUAUGGUGUCUUUAAUGUAUCAUUAUACAGUAGUUCUUUUAUCAAUUCUGCAAUAAAUAGAACUACUUCCCAAUUUAUUUUAAAACACUACAGAAUAGUUUCCCUGUUCAUGUUUUUCUUUACUAUGUUAUCUACAAUUUUGUCAUGUUGCAAAUACCUGGUGAAUUAAAAAGAGAUAAGUCUUUUAGAUGGUCAUGUGAAAAAUUGUUAUUGACUUGAUGUUGUAGAGCUAGAAUGAGGAACCAGUACCUGUGCUAUAAUCUUCUAUACUGUAAUACUAGCCAGCAUGGUUAGCAAUAAAGGAUGUGGACAACUGCUGUUCAGAAACAUCUGUAUGGGCACAGAUUCUUCAUCUGAUCUAUUGCCUAUGCUGUAUUAAAAGAAAAGCUCUGAUGCAGGUGUUUCACGAGGUUCAUCUGGAUGGGCAAUC